AUGUAUCUCGGCUGGACUGAUUAUGCUGUUCUCGUUGUUCUUCUAUGCAAGAAAUUAAAAAUCCAUCAAAUAUGUAAUGUAGCUCAUUUAAUAUUUGUAGGCAUAUCAGCCAUCAUUGGUAUUUAUCACGGCUGUAUUAAAUCAAAGCAAACAACGACCAAUGAAUUUUUUGCUGCUAAUGGUCGAAUGAAGGUCUUACCAACAUCUAUGAGUUUGUUGGCAUCGAACUUGUCAGCAGCAACGAUUCUUGGGGCUCCAAUAGAAGUGUAUGCAUUUGGAAUCGUAUAUAUACAUAUUUUAUUCGCCUGGUUCAUCGGUACAUAUGUUGCAGUGAAAGUCUUCAUACCUAUGUUUCGUCAUAUUGGCAGUAUUACCAUCUAUGCAUAUCUCGAGCAACGUUUUUCAUCGGCAGUGCGUAUUACAGUUACAGUUACUUUCGUUAUCAACUAUAUAUUAUAUAUGGCUGUUAUUCUCUACGGACCUAGUUUGGCAUUAAGUCAAGUCACCGGUCUCAAUAUUUGGUUGGCCAUUGGAUCAUGUGGAAUAAUUUGUACAUUUUAUACGAGUAUUGUGAGUUCACUGAAAUAUCGAAAUUAUUUGAUAAUGAUUAGAGUUCUUCAGGGUGGAAUGAAAGCGGUUAUUUGGACUGAUGUAACACAGACCAUUAUGAUGUUUCUUGGCAUUAUUCUAUCGAUUAUCUUCGGAUUCAUCGAUGCGGGAGGCCCUGCGAAAGUGUUCCAUACGAUUAUCGGUAGCGAUCGAUCACAAUUUUGGAUAUUUACAUUUGAUCCAUCGAUCCGAUAUACGUUAUGGAGUCUCUGGCUUGCUGGUAGUUUCUAUGGUAUUGCAAUAUUCUCAUGCGUUCAAACUCAAGGACAGCGGUAUAUGUGCGUUAAAAAUACUAAGACUGCCCAACGAGCCGCUUGGAUCAAUUAUACUCUAAGUGUUUUGAUAAUUGUUCUAUGUGGAAUUGUUGGAUGUCUUCUCUAUGUCAAAUAUAAGGAUUGUGAUCCUCUGAAAGCUAAACGUAUCUCAAAACCAGAUCAACUCUAUCCUUUAUUUGUCAUUGAAACACUCGGGCGAUUUCCUGGCGUCACUGGUUUGUUCAUCGCAUGCAUCUUGAGUGCAUCAUUGAGUACGGUGUCGAGCGGAGUGAAUAGUGCCGCUGUGGUAAUUCUUGAAGAUAUAUACAAGCGAACAUCAACUGCGCAACCAUUUUCUGACGCACAACAGGCAAAGUUUUCAAAAAUUCUAUCAUUCGUUAUUGGUAUCAUCACAGUAUCCUUGGCUUUUGCUGCAUCUUUUCUAAAAGAUAACAUUAUUGUGAUUGUCUUCCAAAUUGCUGGUGCAUUUGUGGCUCCUAUUCUUGGAAUCUUUCUUUUAGGUCUUUUUGUAUCCCGAGUGAAUAGUCGAAGCGUCCUAGUAGCGUUUUAUCUUUGCUUCGCAUUUCAAAUCUGGAUACUGCUUGGAGCUAAUCUCACGAUGAAGAAACAUUCAGGACGUAAUGGGCGAUUACCGACAUCGAUGGAAGGAUGUCUACCGCCUUUUAACCAAACAGAACCCUCUAUUUCAAUCGUUCCGAGUUCGAAUCCAUUAUUGUUAUUAUAUUCGAUGUCCCCAUUGUGGUACUCAUUCAAUGGUGUUGUUUUGACGUUUAGUCUUGGUGUUCUAACAUCCUUUGUGUUUCGCUCCAACGAGUCCGAACAUAUUGACAGAUCGUUAUUAGUAUCAUGGAAAGCUCUAUUUUGUUUUCAUUCGAGAGAAGAAUCUGGAACAUUGCCAAGCGAUGAAUUGUGCACCGACGUACAAAGUAUUGAACAGGCCCCUAUGAUAUAA